CUAAACCUGACUAACUUCCAUUCCCCCUUGGACAAUAUUUGUUUUUAUAUGUACAUAAAUGUUUAUUUAAAGGUAGGGAAAUAUAUUUUGUUUAGGCCUACUUUGUUUUUUUUCCCUGAUUGAUAGUGGGUUUCUAGGUCAUCAGUAAGUCUGAUACUUAACAAAGGAACUGUGUAAGUUUUAAGAAUAUUUUAAAAAUAAUUGUACAAUAAAUUAUCUUAUUUUCUAGCACUGCCGUUGGAAGUUAAAAGCCCUGAGCAAUGCUCCCUCUCAAUAACAGUGGCUUUAUGGAUGUGGAGGACGUGGCGAGAGAUGAGAGUCUGGCCAAAGUGGAAAUCGCGCUGCUUGGAGUUAUCUUCAUCAGCGCUGCCAUCCUCAACACCGCCCUGCUGUGCGUCCUCUGGAGACAGCGCAAACAGAUGACCAGGAUGCGCGUCUUCGUCUUCCACCUGUGUGUGGCGGAUCUGGUGGUCGCCUUCUUUCAGGUGUGCCCGCAGUUCAUGUGGGACAUCACAGACAGGUUCAUAGGACCAGACCUGGUCUGCCGCCUGGUGAAAUACUUGCAGGUUCUGGGCAUGUUUUCUUCGACUUACAUGAUCGUGGUGAUGACAGUUGAUCGUUACCAAGCUGUAUGCAACCCGAUGGUGAAGUUCCAACGGACGCGCACACGACUCAACAUCCCCGUGUGCAUCGCAUGGGGUGUUUCUUUGCUGGGAAGUCUGCCACAGGUUUUUAUUUUCUCACAGGUAGAAGUUGCACCAGGUGUGUUUGACUGUUGGGCGACAUUUGUCCAGCCCUGGGGACUGCAGACCUACAUCACCUGGACCACACUGGUCAUUUUCGUUUGUCCUGUAAUCACUGUUGUCAUUUGCCAAGUGCGCAUCUGUCGAGCCAUCCAGAUCAACUUGUACCAAAAGGCGCAGCAGCAGGGCGCGUCUACCCCUCUCCCAUCAAGAGCCAGCGGUAUGGCUGGCAUGUCCAAGGCCAGGGUGAAGACGCUGAAGAUGACGGUGGUCAUAGUCCUGGCUUAUAUCAUCUGCUGGGCGCCCUUCUUCACGGUCCAACUGUGGUCCGCCUGGGACUCAAAUGCGCCAAAAGAAACUGCGACAUUCACCAUCCUGAUGCUGCUGGCCAGUCUGAACAGCUGCGCAAACCCCUGCAUUUACCUGGCGUUCAGCGGCCAGUUCCCCAAAAGACUGGUGUCAUUCCUGUGCCAACGACAUUCCGACGGUAAAGAUUCAGGGCAGGAAGAGCUGACACUGGUCAGCACCUUGUACAUGAGCUUCAAAAAUGCAUCCGUGUCUAAAUGAGGACCACGCAUGAGUGUGGGAACUUGAAGAACCCGUGAGAAAAAGCAGUCGGUGCAUCUGAGCCUUGUCUGAUUUGGACAACUGUGAAUCUGAACAGAAAAUACGAAGAGAUAAAACAUGUCCAACAGUGUCUGUGACAUAUUGAACAUGUUCCAUCUGAUCGAAGGAGUCCCACACAUGUCAAUGAUACUCCAGAUGUUGGACGUAAACGGAUGACAGGUUGUAGAUGGGUUAUAUCAUCACAUUGUGACCCUAUGUCUUGAUGGCAGAUAGAGUAAAAUACCCCUCGUUAUUGCUUAAUAAUAAUUAAUAAUAAUAAUUGCUGGGUGUGACCUUCAGGAACACUAGAAGCUUAUGGGUCAGAUCCAGUGGUGGAAUUUAAGCUACAGUUUACGUGCAGAAAACAACCUCAGAAAUCAAAUGUACUGAUAUUUAAUGGUGGCAGAGCUGGUGAGUGAAAUAGUAACUGCUUUACUGCAGGAUAAUAACUCAUAAUGCAGUCCUGUCUGUUAUGCUCUGAUGUGAGAUAUUUCUAAAAGAACUGUAUGGAUACAUAUAUGGAAAUAUCAGGACACAACUAUGAAAUGCAAAUAUAUUUGCCUUCAGAAAGUCUUUACAAAUAUGAUUGAAUGUCAAGUUUGUGAAAUUUCUGUGACUUCUGUAAAUAUUCUGUGAUGUUGUUUUACUUUGAUGAACUGCAUUUGUAAAAUAUUGUCAUA